AUGGGUCGCGUCAAGAGAUCCAAGAAGGCGGCCAAAUCCAAGAAGAAGGUGCCAGAUACAUGCAUCGUGUUAUCUGAUUUUUCUGUUUCGAAUUUCGAUCGCUCACCAGUGUUUCCUGAUCCCAAUUUCUGUAUUCCCUGGCUGAAGCAACUUGGUGAACCUUCGUCAUCAUCUGCCAUCCCGGCUAAGGUAUGGCAACCGGGCGUAGAUGCACUGGAAGAUGGGGAGGAGCUCCAGUACGACCCCACGGCUUACAAUUAUUUCCAUCAGUUUGUUAGCAUUGGCUGUCCUUUCUUGAGUUUUGAUGUCGUUCGCGAUCACCUUGGACUUGUCCGAUCAGAGUUCCCACAUACAUUGUACGGUGUUGCUGGAACUCAGACUCCAAAGGGUACACCAAAUUAUGUUGGAAUUUUUAUGCUUUCCAACAUGAAAGGGAAGAUGCCGAGACCUGAUGGUGAAUGUGAUAUGGAUGGUGACAGCAGCAGUGAUGAUGAAGAAGGUACAAAGGAUACUAUGCAACUAAAAAAGGUGGCUCACGCGGGGAGUGUAAAUCGGAUACGCUCGAUGACUCAAAAACCACAUCUAUGUGCCACAUGGGGAGAAACUGGUCAUGUUCAGGUGUGGGACUACAGCUCUUUCCUUAAUUCAUUAUCAGAUUCAGGGAUGGAAGACAAAGUAAUCCACAAGCUCGUACCUUUGAAAGUAUUUAGCGGCCAUAAAGAUGAGGGCUUUGCAAUUGAUUGGAAUCCACUUGUUACUGGAAGACUUGUUUCUGGUGACUUGACCAAGUGCAUUCACCUGUGGGAGCCAACUUCGAGCAACUGGAACAUAGAUGCAAAUCCAUUUGUUGGACACUCUAAAAGCGUUGAAGAUCUACAGUGGAGUCCCACGGAAGCCGACAUAUUUGCCUCUUCUUCAGCGGAUAAAACCAUAGCUAUAUGGGAUAUACGGACAGGAAAGAAACCAUGUAUUAUUAUGAAGGCUCAUAAUUCCGACGUGAAUGUUAUCUCAUGGAACCGGCUUGCCAACAACAUGAUAGCUUCAGGAAGUGAUGAUGGCAGUGUCUCAGUCCAUGAUUAUAGAUUAAUCAAGAAGGGCGUUGGCUCCUUGGCAGCACAUUUCAAGUAUCACAAGAAAGCAAUUACAUCUAUUGAGUGGAGUCCCUUUGAAGCAUCAACAUUGGCUGUAUCAUCCGAAGACCAUCAACUGACAAUUUGGGAUCUUGCAGUAGAAAGAGAUGCAGAAGGGGAGGACGAAUUCGAAUCAAAGAUGCAAGAUCAUGUAAAGGCGCCUGAAGAUUUACCCCCACAACUUCUUUUUGUUCAUCAGGGCCAGAAACAUUGGAAAGAAGUGCACUGGCACCCACAGGUACCCGGGAUGCUCGUAGCGACGGGGAUCGAUGGCUUGGAUGUGUUGAUGCCUAGCAACGUUGCUGCGACCUUGUAUUGAUAUGCUGGGCCGUAGACAUCAGUGGAAGCACCGUUUAACAUUGUAUUGAUGCUUCUGUUUAUUGUCGAGCAUUAUCGGAAAUUUUG